AUGGCUCGGGCCUCUGUUGCCAGCCUCUCCAGGCUUCUAUACGUAGCCUCCACGCUCCUGGUACUAUUCUUCGUCUUUGUAUCGUUUCUCGUCAACUUCGGCAAGAAGAACCACGACGCGCGCGCCCUCCUGCGGAAGAACGUGCUCCGGUCGGCCGUCCUAUGCCUCAUCGCGGGCGCGUACGUCGCUGAGGCGGUCCUCGUUGCGCUGCGAGGCGAUGCCCUGGCACAGCGCCAGGAUCAUGCCGUCGCGGCCGUCUACUAUGCCCUGGCCUGGACCGCCGUCUGUCUGAGGCGGCGGCUCGUGGUCAGCGAGGUCUUCGGCGUCGCGACGCUCUCCAUUGUGUUUGGCGUCCCGGCAUGGACUAUUGAGACGGUGGUGUCCGGCGGCGACGGCGGCGGCCGGACGAGGGAGCAGUCGACGGUGCUUGUCGUGCAGCUCGCACGGCUGCUCCUCGCUGUUGGCCCCCUCGUGGAUUGUCUAUCUCGUCGCCCCUGGCGGAAGCAAAAGAGUGUCGGGAGCCCGGAAGAGGAGACCCCCUUUCUCGGCCACGGCACUGAUGACCCGUCGUCGUCGUACGGCACGGAUCAACAGUCCAUUAGCAGCAAGUCCACGUCGGACUCGGGCGCAGCCGGCGACGAAGAUGACGAGGAGGAGGAUGAGGAAGGCAAGGAUAUCCGGACCACGCAGCUGCGCAAGAGCGGCAGCUGGACCGUCUACCUCGAAAACUUCAAGGUCUUCCUCCCGUACCUGAUCCCCCGGGACGACAUCAAGGUCCAGGCAUGCCUGCUCGUCUGCGUGCUCUGCCUCAUCGGCGACCGCAUCUUCAACAUCCUCGUCCCCUCGCAGCUCGGCAUCGUCGCCGACAAGCUCCUCGACCGACAGCUCCCGUACGCGGACCUGGGCGUGUACCUGGCGCUGACGCUCGUGCACGACAACUCGGGCCUGCAGAUGGUGCUCGCGCUGGCCAAGAUCCCCGUCGAGCAGUUCUCGUACCGGCGGCUCACCAACGCGGCCUUUGCGCACGUCAUGUCGCUGGCCAUGGAGUUCCACGCCGACCGCGACUCGGCCGAGGUGAUGAAGGCCGUGGAGCAAGGGGGAGCGCUCACCCGCGUGCUCGACACGGCGGUGCUGGAGAUGCUGCCCACCGUCGCCGACAUGGCCGUCGCCUUUGUGCUGCUGUACGUCAAGUUCAACGCCGCCGUCGCGCUGUGCAUGGUCACGGCGUCGCUGCUCUUCCUCGCCGCAGAGGUCGUCACGUCCAGCUGGAACGUCGGCAACAGGCGCCGCGUCACCCGCGCGGAGCGUCGCGAGGCGAGGGUCAUGCACCAGGCCGUCCAGGGCUGGGUCACCGUCUCGGCCUUCAACAUGUUCUCCCACGAGCGCCGCCGCUUCGGUGCCGCCGUCGACGGGCACCUCCUCGCCAAGAGGGACUGGUCCAGGUGGGACGCGUACAUCACGGCCCUCAGCGAGGCCAUUAUCCCCGUCACCUUCUUCUCCCUGGCGUGCCUCGUCGUCCACGAGGUGCACGCCGGCCGCUCCUCGCCCGGCGACUUCGUCUUCCUCAUCCAGUACUGGGACUUCCUCAUCUGGCCCAUCAAGUUCCUGUCGCACGAGUACCGCUACCUCAUGGCCGACCUCAUCGACGCCGAGCGCCUGCUCGACCUGCUCACCACGGAGCCCACCGUCGCCGACAAGGCCGGCGCGCCACGCCUCGGCCCCGUCGUCGAGGGCAAGGUCGAGUUCGACCACGUCGACUUUGCCUACGACGACAAGCGCACGGCGAUCCACGACGUCAGCAUCGUCGCGCGCCCGGGUGAGACGGUCGCGCUGGUGGGCACCACGGGCGCGGGCAAGUCGACGCUCGUCAAGCUCCUGCUGCGGUACUACGACGUAACGGGCGGCGGCGUGCGCAUCGACGGCCACGACGUGCGCGACGUGACGCAGGGCUCGCUGCGGGACGUCAUCGGCGUCGUGCCGCAGGACCCCCUACUCUUCAACGCGUCCAUCAUGGAGAACCUGCGGUACGCGCGUCUCUCGGCCACCGACGAUGAGGUAUACGAGGCGUGCCGCGCGGCGGCCAUCCACGACAAGAUCCUCUCCUUUACCGACGGGUACGCGACCAAGGUCGGUGAGCAGGGUGUCAAGCUAUCCGGCGGCGAGGUGCAGCGCCUGGCUAUCGCGCGCGUCUUCCUCAAAGACCCGCCCGUCUUGGUGCUCGACGAAGCCACGAGCGCCGUCGACACGGAGACCGAGGCGGAGAUCCAGGCGGCGCUGCGGCGAGUCAGCAGGAGGCGCACGACCUUUGUGGUCGCGCACCGGCUGUCGACGGUGGUGCGCGCGGACCAGAUCCUCGUCCUGCACGAGGGCUCCGUCGUGGAAAGGGGCAGGCAUCAGGAGCUGCUGGACAAGGGAGGCAAGUAUGCGGCCUUGUGGCGGAAGCAGCUCGGCGGCACGGACGAGGACAUCCUCGUCGACUUAUAG